CUAGUUGUCUGCUCGUAAAUUGAGUUUUGCCUCUGCGUUAAAUAAUCACGGAGGAUAUGUGUAUCGUAUUUCUGUAAAUUAUACAUCAUUCUAGUCGAAUAAAAUGACAUCUUCCACUCUCAAAAUUUGCUGUAAGCCAAUUCGUCAACGAUGGAUAUUUGCUUUUAUGAGCUUUUUGGCCAUUGUCAUCGCCUACGGUAUGCGAGCCAGUCUAUCCAUCGCCAUAACCGAAAUAGCCAAACCGAUCGCGCAGAACGAUGUCGGUUCGGACGAUCUGUGCCCAAUCGACGAAUCUGCAGUCAAGAAAAAUGUCUCGACUUCCGCUACUUACGAUUGGGACGAAUACACGCAGGGUAUCAUUCUGUCCUCGUUUUACUGGGGUUACGUCGUAACGCAGCUGCCCGGAGCUCUGCUGGCCGAGAAGUGGGGAGCCAAGCACGUGACGGGCCUAGGUAUCCUCGUGACGGGCGUCCUCACGGUCGGCAUCCCCGUAGCCGUCCAAUGGGGCAGCUCCACGGCCCUGAUAAUCGUCCGAAUCCUCAUGGGUCUGUGCGAGGGUGUCACCUUCCCGGCGCUCAACAUCAUGCUGGCGCGCUGGACGCCGCUGAGCGAGCGAUCGAAGACCGGCUCGUUCGUCUACGCCGGGGCACCCCUCGGUACCGUGUUCGCCACGACUGUCGCCGGUCUGCUGCUCAAGCACGCCGACUGGCCCGUGGUGUUUUACUUCUUCGGUGGCUGCAGCGUCGCCUGGUGGCUCUUUUGGAUCGGCUGCUGCUACGACUCGCCGCGCCAGCACCCCUACAUCUCGGACGAGGAGGCCGUGUAUCUGUACGCGGAGCUGAGCGAGCACGUGCACGAACGGCCGCCACCCCUGCCCUGGAGGCACUUUCUCACCUCGAUGCCCAUGUGGGCGCUCAUCGCCGUGACGGUCGGCCACGAGUGGGGCUUCUACACGGUGUCCAUGGGUCUGCCCAAGUACAUGAGCAGCGUGCUGCACUUCGACGUGGAGGACAACGGCUACCUCAGCUCGCUGCCCUACGUCGGCAUGUGGCUGUGCAGCCUGAUAAUGUCGUGCGCUGCCGACAAGCUGAUCGGUUCGCGCGUCCUCUCGAUCACCGCGACGAGGAAGCUCGGCACGACCGUGGCGGCGCUCGGGCCGGGCCUGUUCAUCGUCGGCGCGGCCUACACGAGGUGCGACAGAGUCGCCGCGGUGAUCAUGUUCACGCUGAUGGUCACGCUGCUGGGCAGCGGAAUUCCGAGCCUGAAGGUCAACGCCCUGGACCUGAGUCCGAAUUACGCCGGCACUGUGAUGGCCGUGAGCAACGGAGCCGCCGCGUGCACGGGAAUCCUGACGCCCUACGUGGUGGGCGUGCUGACGCCUCAGCAGACGCUCAGCCAGUGGAGAAACGUGUUCUGGAUCAUAUUCGGCCUAUUGAUCGGCACCAACGCGUUCUACUUGAUUUUUGGCAGCGGCAACGUCGUCGAGUGGAACGAUCCGGAAUACGUACUGCGAGCCAAGAGCAAAGAGAAAAAAUUGGACGCAGACAAUAAAUAACGUCCGCA